CCGACCGAGGGUCUGACUGACUCACAAGUAGUCCAUCCAGUCAUCAGAAAGGACGUUCGAGUUACCUACGGACAACCUCUUUUAAUAAGCGGGCCCGCAGUUUUUCAACGAGAGGCAGUUUAAAUCGUCUUCCGGUUGAAACAUCCGACUUGUUUCCGUCAGCUUCUCAUCAAAGAAAUUUCAUCUAUUGUCAGAAGCACGACCGUUUCAACUGGCUCCUAUUGUUAUUCGCUCCUACUGACUUUAUCGAAAAAAGACAUUUUCAACGGGCAAGCAAAACAGCCAAUCGAAAGACACACUCAGAGUUCGCCUUUUCUCCUUUUUGAUCUUUUGACAUUGUUCAACUGAAGAAACCAACCACCAACUGAACCAAUUGAUAGCGAAAAUGGCCAAAUCGCUACACAUCGUUUUCACGUUCACCAUUUCCCUGCUGUGCUCCAAUUUGGGCGUGGGAGGAGUGAGCAUCACGUCGAUCCGAGUGCCACCGGCCGUUGAGAACGGUAGCGCCCCGGUGAUAUUGGACUGCGAGUACUCGCUGGCCUCACACGAGAAGCAAGGACUGGUCGUUCAGUGGUUCUUUCGCGACCACCCCGUGCCCGUCUACCAGUGGAUUCCGGGAAAGAGGCCCCAAGAUAACGGACCACUUAAAGGUCGCCUCAACCUGGAAUACCGGGCCUCGGAAGAUCCUUAUCACCGUCACAGGGCCCUGGAGAUAGUGCGACCAUCCACCGACCUUGGAGGCGACUAUCGCUGCAAAGUAGCCACUUUUGACAACGAAGACACUCAAAACGCUCACAUGGUCGUCUACGUGCCAGCCGCUACGUUCACAGUGGGAAAGACCAAGCCGACGAUAUCAACAGUGAAUGUGACCUGCAAGGUCGAAGGCAUCUACCCUCUUCCCCAACUCGAGCUGAUUCAAGAGGACGGACCCCAUGGCAGCAGGAUGGCCGUGAAAGAGACGACGCUGUUUGUUUCCUCGCGAGACGGACGCUACGACGCUACCUUGUUUCGAGUUCUCGAAGAUAAACAUCUACCUGCUGACACUGUCUUUGAGUGCCUCUUGUCUUUACCCGCCACAGAGUAUCAAACCGUCCAGAAGUUGUCUUACCAACCAGGUGCACCCGUGUCUGAUGCCAUGCCCCCGCCGGAUAAUGAUAUAGAUGAGGAUCAGUCACACACAUGGAUGGGCUCUGGUGGUGGGACAAGCAUUCCUUCUUCCGUUUCGGCACCGCACCAAUCCCUGGAUUCUGUUGUUUCUUCCGCCGACGAGCAAACUCUGCAAAACGAUUCCGAAAGCACUGACAUGUGGCAGAGUGGCACGGGACGAGGCAUUCGAGCCCACGAAACAAUUGACAAUGGAGCAAAUAACUACUUUCGACCGCGGAUCCUUGAGCUUUUGUUGACGGUCGCCAUUGUCGUAAAAUACUUCGGCUGAAACUUCCGGUUUACACCACGUCCUUCCUUCUAGUUUCUCCUCAACUGUAUCGAUUUAUCACCAACCACCCCCUCUAUAAAAAAAAAAUCCUCUUCCGUUUUAUCGGAGGAAGAUGAUGAAAAUUGCCUCAUCUGUAACCAAUCAGUCAAUUUCCUAUCGGAUCUUCCUCGCUCAUAUGAUGUCAAGCAAUCUUCAAAUUUUCUUUAUGUAUACAUACUAUAAAUAUUUGCACAAUACUAAUGACUAGACUAAGAAGAUAUAUAUAUUGUGUGCUUAUAUUUUUCUGUAAAAAGUGAUCCUAAACGCAUCAUCGAUGGAAUUUCGGCUUCGCCUUAUUCUUAUUGUAUUGAGUUGAACAAAAGAUUCAGGAAACUUUUUGGUUUCAACCCGACUUCAUGUACUUUUGCAUUUCAAUAGAAAAGAGAGAAGCGCCUACUAAAUUAAAAUCGUUAUCGAGCAGAACAUUCUUUUUUUUUUACAAUUUUACAGUUACUUCUUCAUCCCUUUUCAAUUCAGCACCACGAAUAAUAAUCUGGCCUCUUAAAACAAACCAAUUUACAUAAUUCAGUAACCUGAGGACUCGAGUAUGAGUCAUUUGAUGUAAA